AUGCCCUCCCGAAAUUCUGGAGUACCCAACUUGGACCUCAAGGCCCUAAAAACCGACCACACCGAUGGCAAACUCUCAUCUCCUCUUACGCCUGGUGGCCAGAGCUCCGACGGGCUUAGCCCCUUGACACCGAAGUCGCCAAAGUCCGGUUCGAGUUCGCCCUUCUUCAAGGGGGCGACCAUUCGUCCGGUCACGCAAGACUCGAGCUCGAAGGCGACGAGUCCUACAAUUCCAACUUCGCCCGGCAACCUGAACGCCGAGACUGCACCCGAACCCUCUACACCCGGUUUUACUGCUAUCCCCCAGUAUUUUCCUUCUCCAAAAGACUCGCACAAACACUCCCGCGAUGCCUCGAAGUCGUUUUUCGGUACCUUGAAAGCGCCGAAAUCUUCACAUAAAACACAGCGCUCGGAUAGCUCCGAGAACUCCACAGAACCGCCAAAGAGCCGAGGUAGCUCGAGGGACCGCAAAUCAUCAAUGACCAAGUUGACCGAGUCAACACCAGACUUGCCAGGGACAAUCGCGCGGGCAGCAGAGAACGAGAAGAGUGAGGCUUCUUCUACCGAUAAGCGCACGCAGCAGCCAGUACCGAGGAAGACGGCCACUGAUUUGGAUCCCAUGCAAAAGAAGACCAAACCGCGGUUUGCAAACCUCUUAACGCGAUCUCGAUCUAUUCGGGUUGACGACUCCUCUGUAAACAGAGCCGCCGGUCGACGACCGUCAACGGGCUUGGCCAAGUUGGAGGAGUUCAACCAGGGCGAAUCGCAGUCGCAGAGGCCUCACCGCACGGCUACAGCCAACACUUCCACUACUUCAACGGUUAAGCCGACGUCUACUGCCAAGCCUACUUCCUCUGCCAAGGCACCUGCAAUGACAUCGACCACAACAACCACACGUAACGAGCGCCCGCCUACGCAAGGAGGCCUACAGCCGCCCCCUCAUCGCCCAGCGGAUGGCGCUUCUCUUCGAAAGGAGAGGAGCUACGGUGGCUCCAUGGUCACGUCAGGCUCUUUGAGCCAGGUUUCUGGCGCGUCGGCCGCUAUCUUCAACAAUCUUAAGCAGUCGUCCAAUGGUGCUGCAGAUCGUCUUGGCAAAGCUGGCAAGGGAUUUUUUAGCAAGAUCACUCGUAGUGGCAGCACCAACGAGCGGGAGCUCAUCAAUGAUGAUUCAUACGUUUGCUCUGUGAUCAAUCUUCCUCUUAUUGAUCAAGCAAGAAAGACACGUAUUUGCAAGAAAUUGGAAGAUUGCAGGGACAAAACAGAGUUUUGGAUGCCUGCUCUCCCAUAUCGUUCUAUUGAUUAUCUCAACUUCAAGGGCUGCGAGGAAGAGGGUCUUUAUCGAGUACCAGGCAGUGGCCGCGAGGUCAAGCACUGGCAAAGGCGAUUUGAUUCAGAAUUGGACAUUGACCUCUUUGAAGUGCCUGACCUCUACGACAUCAACACGAUUGGGUCCUUGUUCAAGGCUUGGCUUCGUGAACUUCCCGACGAACUCUUCCCCAAGGCGACACAAGACAGGAUCGCCCAACAGUGCGAGGGUGCCACUACUGCCCCGCAAUUACUCAAGGACGAACUCUCCAAACUCCCUCCCUACAACUAUUACCUCCUCUUCGCCAUCACCUGCCACCUCAACCUUCUACACUCGUAUGUUGAUCAAAACAAGAUGGACUACCGCAACCUGUGCAUAUGUUUCCAGCCCUGUAUGAAGAUUGAUGCAUUCUGCUUCCAAUUCCUGGUCUGCGACUGGAAGAACUGUUGGCAGGGUUGCUGGACUGAGAAGGAGUAUGUCCAGAAGGAGAUGGAAAUGGACGAGCUGGAGAAGAGGGCCGCAGAAGAGAAGGAAGCUACCAGGGCUAAGCCUGAGCCACCCCGUUCUGCUCCAACCGCCGUUAGCCACGAGCGAGCCGUCUCGUCCGGUUCCAGCUCUAGCGAAAAGGCUAACAGCUCUAGCGAAAAAUCAAAGGAGCAACCUCCUCGACCAGAAACAUCUCGAGGCCGAAAGCCCAAGCCGAAGAACAUAGAGGUUGGCCAUUCAGGCCAUACCAGAAGCAUAUCCCAACUUCCCGAGCUUGGCCCACCACUUUCACCCAUCAAGAUCUAG